AUGGGAUCCAAGUCACCAGAAGGUCAUCGUCAGGGGCCAAAUGAACCGCCCACCGGUAGUGUGGCUGCUAUUAUCAACCCUCCCAAACCAGCUGCCGCAAGUGGACUUGUUCAAGGCGUGCUUGACGGAGAUGAUGACGAUGAGGAAGGGGACAAUGAUGACCAUCAAAAUAUCGGAACUGACCUGAAGUCCGGUAGCCAGCCGAACAAUGAUGGCAAGAAGAGAAAAAGAAAGAACAACGAGAAGAAAAAGAAGAAGACGGCAAAGGGGCAACAGACAACUCCCCCACGAGUGCCGCUACCCAGCAUCUUUCAUGAUCAGCGAUACCCAGAGGGCGAGAUUGUCGAAUAUGCCGCUUGCAAUGACAACCUUCAACGCACAACUGCAGAAGAACUUCGUCAUCGGGCUGCUAUCAAAAACAUGAACGACGAGUUUCUGACUGACUAUCGCCAAGCUGCUGAAGUUCAUCGUCAGGUCCGUCAGUACGUACAGUCAAUCACGAAGCCUGGUGUUUCACUGAGCGAGCUUGCACAUGAGAUUGAGACUGGUGUUCGCGCACUUACUGGUCACGAAGGAAUUGAAACUGGCGAUGCUUUAAAAGCUGGCCUAGCAUUCCCAACCGGGCUCUGCCUCAAUAAUGUGGCUGCUCACUGGACCCCUAAUCCUGGGGCCAAAGAGGUUAUCCUCCAGCAUGAUGAUGUCUUGAAAAUAGACUUUGGAGUUCAUGUCAAUGGAAGAAUUGUAGACAGCGCCUUUACUAUGGCUUCUAACCCUGUUUACGAUAAUCUACUUACAGCCGUGAAAGCAGCUACCAAUACCGGACUCAAGGAAGCUGGUAUUGAUGCUCGAAUUGAUCAUAUUAGUGGAGAAAUCCAAGAAGUGAUGGAAAGUUAUGAAGUUGAAAUCAAUGGGAAGGUCAUUCCUGUGAAGGCCCUUCGUAGUCUUACUGGUCAUAACAUUCUGCGCUACAAGAUCCAUGGCGAAAAGCAAGUCCCCUUUGUCAGGUCAAAGACCACCCAACGCAUGGAAGAAGGUGAUGUCUUUGCUAUUGAGACUUUUGGAAGUACUGGAAAGGGCUAUACCCGGGAUGAAGUCGGGGUAUAUGGUUACGGGCUCAACGAACAUGCUAGCACUGCUGGUCUUCAUUAUGCAUCUGCCAAGUCACUGUUGAAGACCAUCCGUGAGAAUUUCGGAACGCUGGUAUUUUCUAGGCGAUAUCUUGAGCAUAUGGGGGUGAAGAACUAUCAUCUUGGUAUGAGGUCGCUCAUUUCAAAUGAUAUCGUAGAAUGCUAUGCACCGCUCGUUGAUGUUCCAGGGUCAUAUGUUGCGCAGUUCGAACAUACAAGAGGUGAACAAUUUGGUAUCGCAUUCAACAUUCUUUACAACAUAGUUAAUCGUGUCAAACAAACGCUCAUUUUAUCUCCAAACAUUAUCAAGGCACAAGCUACUACUAAACAUAUAAUUUCUGGAUCAUAUCGUGGUAACGUUGCGUAUUCCAGCUACGAGGCUGAGAGUCGAUUUGGUAUGCUGGUCGAGGAUGUCUAA